UGUCACGCGCACAGUUCUCCUGCGGUCCCUCCCCGGCUUCAUCCUGAAGGAAGAGCUGCUUUGUGUCUGAUCGGUGUCAGGUUGAAGAAAACAGAAAUGAAUCAAAGCCCAGAGCAGGAGGAGGUGACUGGGAUGGUUUGUCAGGAGACUGACCUGAGAGAUGGACAGAUGAAGGAGGUGACUGUGGGGGACCAGAAAGUGUUGCUUGUCCGUACCCACGGUCAGUACAGCGCUGUUGGAAGCCAGUGCUCUCAUUACAACGCACCUCUUGUCAAAGGAGCACUGGUUCGUAACAGAGUGAGAUGUCCCUUUCACGGUGCUUGCUUUAAUGUCACAACUGGGGAUAUUGAGGAGUAUCCAGGUCUGGACAGUCUGCCCAGUUAUAAGGUAAAAGUUGAGGAUGGAAAGGUGUACGUUACCAUCAAAAAAAAUUCUGUGAAGUUGACAAAGCGGGUGAAGGAGAUGUGCAGCAUGGUACCAGACAUCAAACAUACUAUCCUGCUGAUAGGAGGAGGCCCUGCUGCCCUGGUUUGUGCUGAAACGCUGCGGCAGAACUGCUACCAAGGUCGAAUCAUCAUGGUAACCAGAGACAGCCUGCCUCCGUUUGACAAGCCCAAACUGAGUAAGGUUAUGAAUCUGGACAGCAGCAGCAUCCUCCUGCGGCCAAGCGACUUUUAUCAGCAGUAUGGGAUUGAGGUGUGGACACAGAAGGAGGUGGUAUCGGUAAGCCCGACUGAUAAGGCGGUGAAGUUAAACGAUGGCACUUUGCAGCAUUACGACCAGCUCCUCGUCUCAACUGGCUGCAGAGCGCAGCAGCUUAAGUGUCCGGGUUCUGACCUGAGGGGAGUGAAGUUAAUGCAGACUUAUGAAGACGCCAAAGAGAUUCACAGCUCCUGUCUGGGCCAGAAAGCUGUUGUAAUCGGAGCCUCCUUCAUAGGUAUGGAGGUGGCAUCCUCCUUAUCAGACAAAGCUGCCAGCGUGGCCGUGGUUGGCACCACCAGUUUCCCGUACGAGCGAUCUCUGGGGCCGGAGAUCGGCAAAAUGAGCAUGCAAAUGUUGGAGGAGCACAAUGUGAAGUUCUACAUGAACGAUGGAGUCACUGAGAUCAAAGGGGAGAACGGACAGGUAAAGGGGGUGGUGCUGAAGAGUGGUACAGUCCUGGAAGCUGAUGUGGUGAUUGCUGGAAUUGGCGUAAUCCCCAAUUCGGACUUCUUGGCAGGAAGCGAGUUGGAGGUGGAUUCGAGGAAAGCUGUGAUUGUUGACAAGUUCAUGAGGACCAAUAUACCAGAUAUUUUUAGUGCAGGGGAUGUUACCUCUUUCCCUCUGACCAUUCGUGGGGACCAAAGAGUCAACAUUGGUCACUGGCAGAUGUCACAAGCCCAAGGAAGAGUAGCUGCCCUAAACAUGCUGAAGAAACCAACCAAAAUUGAGUCUGUUCCUUUUUUCUGGACUGUGUUGCUUGGGAAGAGUAUCAGAUACGCAGGCUAUGGGGAAGGAUACACAGAAAUCAUAUUCAAAGGCAAAGUGGAAGAAAGGAAAUUCCUGGCGUUUUAUAUAAAAGAUGAGGCGGUGGUAGCCGCUGCCAGCCUGAUGUUCGACCCUGCAGUGGCUCGUGUCGCAGAGCUGAUGGCUACUGGGCAGAUUUUAACCAAGGCACAAGCCCAAGCUGAUGACCUGAGCUGGCUGCAGAUGUAACCAGAGGCCCGCUGUAUGCAGGUGUAACACCUCUCAGUGACGAAGGAUGUCGCUUUUCUCUCUCUCGUUCCUCUCGCCAUCAGAUAAUGCUUUAUUGGACUGCUCCAUUUACUGCCUCAGGGCCUCUGAUAGCCAAUCAGAUGUCUGCUGUUACUCACAGCGCUGUUGCCACAGCAGCAAGCAGAGCUUUAUUGAAUCUGAACUUUGUGACUCGGUGAAUAAUCUGAUCUUUGUGUAAUGAGCCAAGCCUGGAUACGGUUUCACAACAUGAACACAAGCCUGAUUCCAAAAGAGUUGGGAUGCUGUGGAAAACCAGAAAAGACUGAAUGUGAGACUUUGCAAAUCCUUUUUGACACAUCAUCAACUGAAAACAGCACAAAGUCAAUACAUUCCAUGUUUUUUUUAAAUAGCUGCUCAUUCUGAAUUUAAUGCAGCAACACGUGUCACACAAGCUGGGACAGGAGCAACAAAAGCCUAUGUUAGAGGCGUCAAAUUCAGAGUGAGUGUUUAUGACUUUGAACAUUGAUUAUCUUAUCUUGUCUUUGUCCUAUAUCUACUUGACUGUGGAAAGAAAAGGAUUUGCAAAUGAUUGCAUUUUGAUUUUAUUUCUGUAUUACAAAGCGUCCCAACUCUUAUUGAGGUUGUUCAUCCAAACAUUGUGAACUUGAAAUUCUAAGAUUCCAUAAACAUUCAGUUCAAUAGUAUUUUGUAGGAUAGUCGUAGCAAUAUAAUAGCAAAGUGAUGCAUUUCUCAUACUAUUUUAUCCACUUAAAAGACAAGCCAAAGGACUUAAAAGACACUUUAAAAGAAAAACACCACUCAACUUAUAAUAUAUUUAAUCAGUAACAUAAAUGACAAUGGUCAGUAAAAAUACUGAACUCAAUUAACAUAGCGAUGGAUGUGUUAUUAAUUAACAUUUUUUUUAUUAACUUUGUUUUGGUAUCUUAUGCUGAUACCUCUGUUUCAUGUUCACUGUAAUGCUUUUAUCAAUCAGGUUUACAUCCGAGGUGUGGCUUUCUGUUUGGUCUUUAUCCAACAAUUGAUGUAAAACUCAGAUUCAUGGAUUAAGUAUUUUGAAGUUCAGAUCCAGAUGAGGAGAAAGUUGGUACGGAAACACUUUGUGGGAUCUCACCUUUCACUGACUUCAGAAGUGUGUGUUACAUAACUAAUGCUCAGGUCUUAAACAAAUCAGUUAGGCAGCUUCAACAUCCAUGGUUAUCCAUAUGUCAUGUUUACUGUUGUCAGCCUAUGGGUGCAGUGUGGGGGCUGUUUUCCCUUCAGUUGUUUCACUGACUCCCAAUACAUUAUUGUUCAUCUGUAGAAAACCUUUGCUGCUUCAUUUGUUCUAGGUUUUAACAGUUGCAGUUGAUUUUUAACUCUUUUGUUGUUCAUAGGCGUCUUGAAUCUGGUCUCUUUGUCCUCUUCUCUGCCAAACUGUCUUUUUUGUUUGUUUAACAUGUAAUA